UUUAAAUUUGAUUCGAACACAAGUGAAACAUUUUUACCUGCCCUAUCACCAACGAAUGACAAGCAAGAUAUGGCAGAAAAUUCUUCUAAAAAUUUUAUACAAUACACCAAUGUAGGAGAUUUGAUGGAAAAUGUACAACAAGAAAAUAUCACAAAGUAUUAUUCUAAAAAUUUGAUACAACACACAAAUGAAGAAGAUUUGAUGGAAAAUGUACAACAAGAUUGUAAGGUUUUGAUACGUCACUAUUAUAUCGCAGAAAGUUCUCCUAAAAAUUUGAUACAACACACCAAUGAAGAAGAUUUGAUGGAAAAUGUACAACAAGAAUAUAUUGCACAAAGUCCUUCUAUAAAUUUAAUAAGAAAUAACAAUGAUAUAGAUGAGUUUGAAGAGAUGCUGCAAGAAUAUAUCACAAAGUAUUAUUCUAAAAAUUUGAUACAACACACAAAUGAAGAAGAUUUGAUGGAAAAUGUACAACAAGAUUAUAUCGCAGAAAGUUCUCCUAAAAAUUUGAUACAACACACCAAUGAAGAAGAUUUGAUGGAAAAUGUACAACAAGAAUAUAUUGCACAAAUUCCUUCUAUAAAUUUAAUAAGAAAUAACAAUGAUAUAGAUGAGUUUGAAGAGAUGCUGCAAGAAUAUAUCACAAAGUAUUAUUCUAAAAAUUUGAUACAACACACAAAUGAAGAAGAUUUGAUGGAAAAUGUACAACAAGAUUGUAAGGUUUUGAUACGUCACUAUUAUAUCGCAGAAAGUUCUCCUAAAAAUUUGAUACAACACACCAAUGAAGAAGAUUUGAUGGAAAAUGUACAACAAGAAUAUAUCGCAAAAAAUACUUCUACAAAUUUGAUACAACACACAAAUGAAGAAGAUUUGAUAGAAAAUGUACAACAAGAAUUUACUGUACAAUAUAAUUCUAAAAAUAUGGUAGAAUUUAACAAUGAUAUAGAUAUGCUUCAAAAGAUAAUGCAAGAAUAUAUCACAGAAAGUUCUCCUAAAAAUUUGAUACAACAGACCAAUGAAGAUGAUUUGAUGGAAAAUGUACAACAAGAAUAUAUUGCAGAAAAUUCUCCUAAAAAUUUGAUACAACACACCAAUGAAGAAGAUUUGAUAGAAAAUGUACAACAAGAAUUUACUGUACAAUAUAAUUCUAAAAAUAUGGUAGAAUUUAACAAUGAUAUAGAUAUGCUUCAAAAGAUAAUGCAAGAAUAUAUCACAGAAAGUUCUCCUAAAAAUUUGAUACAACAGACCAAUGAAGAUGAUUUGAUGGAAAAUGUACAACAAGAAUAUAUUGCAGAAAAUUCUCCUAAAAAUUUGAUACAACACACCAAUGAAGAAGAUUUGAUAGAAAAUGUACAACAAGAAUAUAUCGCAAAAAAUACUUCUAAAAAUUUGAUACAACACACAAAUGAAGAAGAUUUGAUGGAAAAUGUACAACAAGAUUAUAUCACAGAAAAUUCUUCUAAAAAUUUGAUACAACCCUCCAAUGAAGAAGAUUUAAUGGAAAAUGUACAACAAGAAUAUAUCGCACAAAAUUCUUCUAAAAAUUUGGUACAACACAACAAUGAAGAAGAUUUGAUGGAAAAUGUACAACAAGAAUAUAUCGCACAAAAUCCUUCUAUAAAUUUGGUACAAAAUAACAACGAUAUAGAUGAGCUUGAAGAGAUGCUCCAAGAAUAUAUCACAAAGUAUUAUUCUAAAAAUUUGAUACAACACACCAAUGAAGAAGAUUUGUUGGAAAAUGUACAACAAGAAAAUACUGUACAAAAUAAUUCUAUAAAUAUGUUAGAAUUUAACAAUGAUAUAGAUAUGCUUCAAAAGAUAAUGCAAGAAUAUAUCACAGAAAGUUCUCCUAAAAAUUUGAUACAACAGACCAAUGAAGAUGAUUUGAUGGAAAAUGUACAACAAGAAUAUAUUGCAGAAAAUUCUCCUAAAAAUUUGAUACAACUUACCAAUGAAGAAGAUUUGAUGGAAAAUGUACAACAAGAAUAUAUCGCACAAAAUUCCUCUAAAAAUUUGAUACAACCCACCAAUGAAGAAGAUUUGAUGGAAAAUGUACAACAAGAAUAUAUUGCACAAAAUUCUUCUAAGAAUUUGGUACGAAAUAACAUUGAUAUAGAUGAGCUUGAAGAAUUGCUAUAAGAAUGUAAAAUUGUAUUAUCUACUACUGAAUAUUUAUUGUUAGUUAAAUAAAUUUUUAGUG